GUCCGAGUGGCAAUUGUCAUUGUAACAAUUAAGAAACAAUUAGUUGUACACGGUCACGGUACUUAUAAAGAAAGGGGCCUUGGUGAAAUAUAUAGAGCCCCUGUUCAGAUUACAGAACACCACCACCAUGACUGCACAUCCUACACCACAAUCCAUAGAUACUGCGCCCAUAUUUCCGCCUGAACUCAUGGAUCAAAUAAUCGACGCUCUUUCCGACGAUGUUUAUUCUCUCACAGCCUGCGCGAUUGCGUCUCGCCAGCUCGUUUACCGCAGCCGAUAUCACUUAUUCCACGCCAUACGCUUUAAAUUCAUCCCACAUAGGUCGUUCAAUCGCUGCGAAAACAUUAGCGAAGAUAACGUCUGGUACGUUGGCCCCUCGCCGACAUGGGUUGCCUCCGAACCGCAGUUGCCUAUCGCCUUGGGCAUGAUGAAGAACUUGACAACCUUGCGUCUCGUCAAGGUGAAACUAAUCGAUGUUGAUAUCAUCUGGCCUGGAAUCGAGGAGUUAGAAAUUAACGAGUGUUCUAUGACGAACCUUGGCACCUUCCUCAGUGGGUUCCACGGACUGCAUAAGCUAGUGCUACGUGACGUAGGCAUUAUUGAAGAGACAUCCUCAUCAUCUGGAGUUUCUCUUGACAUUGAAGACCUGGUGAUCACCAGCGCGCUGUGCAGUUUAACGGACGCAAAUAUCAUCAAGUGCCUCCUCCCGCUCCUCUCCAAGCCAUCUCGCAUUCGACGGCUUACCUAUCCACUCUACUAUCCUGAGUGGGACGUUCCACAAUACGACGUAAUCCCCUAUACGCACCUCGACGAGCUGUUUCUGGAGGGGGCAUCCAACACCGAGAUCCCCAUCCCCGAUAUCCAGAACGUCACCAAGUUUCGCUUAUUUGUGACUUCUCCCGGACGCUGGGAUCCGACAGAUGCGUGCAAAGCUUGCGACGAACUGACAGAUUGGCUCAUACACCUUCUUUACAAAGCCCAAGGUGGCUGCUUAAAGGAAAUCCAACUGGAGUACUCUCUGGGUGGCAUCUCUGGUAGCCCGGAUAAGUGGGCAGAACUCGAUAAAUUUCUGGCAAAGAUGGAAUUGAGGAAGGUUGAGCUCGUGUUCAGCGCAGCCCGAUAUGAGUGGGAUACGGCGGAACGGGAAAAAGCGAAUUGGCCGUUGUGGGAAGGCGAGCUGGAGGGGUUGAUGAACAAGCAUGUGGCAUACUUUGAAGAAGUUAAAAAGCGCGGAUUGUUAAUGGUGUCCAGGAGAUAUCGUUAAGACCGCCUCUUUCGUAUACAUGCUGCCAUCCACGCA